UAGCGUCCCUCUGAUCCCGCCCCUCUCGAAUGCCGUCGCGGGAUCGCCCUGGAAACGCAUUCUCCGGGAGCGGCAGCCGCCAAUGGGAAGUUAGCGAGUGCCACGAACAGGCCAAUAAGGAGGGAGCAGUGCGGGGUUUAAACUUAAGGCUGGGCCGGCUCUUCCCGGCGUGCUGCGGAGGAACGGCUGUUGGUUUCUGGUGGGUUCAGGUCCUCGGCUGGUCGGUUCUCCGGUGUUCUGCUCCUCUCCACUGAGCUGCUGCCUGGUGAAGAGGAAGCCAUGGCGCUCCGAGUCACCAGGAACUCGAAAAUUAAUGCUGAAAAUACGACGAAGAUCAGUAUGGCAGGCGCAAAGCGCGUGCCUAUGGCCCCUGCUGCAACCUCCAAGCCCGGACUGAGGCCAAGAACAGCUCUUGGGGACAUUGGUAACAAAGUCAGUGAAAAACUACAGGCCAAAAUGCCUAUGAAAAAGGAAGGAAAACCUUCAGCUACUGGAAAAGUUACUGCUAAAAAACUACCAAAACCUCUGGAAAAUGUACCUAUGCUAGUGCCAGUGCCGGUGUCGCAGCCAGUGCCAGAGCCAGAACCUGAGCCUGUUAAAGAAGAAAAACUUUCGCCUGAGCCUAUUUUGGUUGACACUCCCUCUCUAAGCCCAAUGGAAACAUCUGGAUGUGCCCCUGCAGAAGAAGACCUGUGUCAGGCUUUCUCUGAUGUAAUUCUUGCAGUAAGUGAUGUGGAUGCAGAAGAUGGAGUGGAUCCAAACCUUUGUAGUGAAUAUGUGAAAGAUAUUUAUGCUUAUCUGAGACAACUUGAGGAAGAGCAAGCAGUCAGACCAAAAUACCUACUGGGUCGGGAAGUCACUGGAAACAUGAGAGCCAUCCUAAUUGACUGGCUAGUACAGGUCCAAAUGAAAUUCAGGUUGUUGCAGGAGACUAUGUACAUGACUGUCUCCAUUAUUGAUCGGUUCAUGCAGAAUAAUUGUGUGCCCAAGAAGAUGCUGCAGCUAGUUGGUGUCACUGCCAUGUUUAUUGCCAGCAAAUAUGAAGAAAUGUACCCUCCAGAAAUUGGUGACUUUGCUUUUGUGACUGACAACACUUACACUAAGCACCAAAUCAGACAGAUGGAAAUGAAGAUUCUAAGAGCUUUAAACUUUGGUCUGGGUCGGCCUCUACCUUUGCACUUCCUUCGGAGAGCCUCUAAGAUUGGAGAGGCUGAUGUUGACCAGCAUACUUUGGCCAAAUACCUGAUGGAACUAACUAUGUUGGACUAUGAUAUGGUGCACUUUCCUCCUUCUCAAAUUGCAGCAGGAGCUUUUUGCUUAGCACUGAAAAUUCUGGAUAAUGGUGAAUGGACGCCAACUCUACAGCAUUACCUGUCAUACACUGAAGAAUCCCUUCUUCCAGUUAUGCAGCACCUGGCUAAGAAUAUAGUCAUGGUAAAUCAAGGGCUUACAAAGCACAUGACUGUCAAGAACAAGUAUGCUACGUCGAAACAUGCUAAGAUCAGCACUCUAGCACAGCUGAAUUCUGCACUAGUUCAAGAUUUAGCCAAGGCUGUGGCAAAGGUGUAACUUGUAAACUUGAGUUGGAGUACUAUAUUUACAAAUAAAAUUGGCACCAUGUGCCAUCUGUACAUAUUACUAUUGCAUUUACUUACUUUUAAUAAAGCUUGUAGCCCCUUUUACUUUUUUAUAGCUUAA